AUGGCCAACUCGAGCGCCCUCAAGGGCAAGCUGCGGUUGAACCGCCCCUUCAACCAAAAUUUUCUCAUGGGAUGUAUCCUCGCUUGUCUGCCUGGGAUAUACCUGGCCUUGACGGGUCUGGGGGCUGGUGGAGGUCAACCCACUUCGCAGCACGUUGCAUCCAUCACAAACUCCAUUCUUUAUGGCGUCUACACCUUCUUUGGAUGGUGUGCCGGCACGUUCCUGAACUACUUUGGCCCAAGCAUCACCGUCUGUAUUGGCGGUCUUGGCUAUCCUCUAUACGCCGGUUCCCUAUGGGCUUUUGGAAAUGGUGUUGACCAAGCGUUUCCACUGUUUGCCGGUGCCUUUCUCGGAUUCUCUGCCGCCCUGCUCUGGACAGGUGCCGGAUUCAUCCAGUUCGCCUAUGCAGAGGAGAAGGACAAGGCCAAGUACAUUACGUAUCAAUGGUCUUUGUCGGCCGUCGGCGGCACCAUCGGAUCGCUCAUUGCCUUUGCGGCCAACUUCCACAAGACCAGUGUCGAUGGCGCCUCCGCCGCGGUCUAUAUCGUUUUCAUCAUCAUCAUGUGCAUUGCCAUUGUCGGUGCCUUGCUGCUGUUGGUCAAGCCCAAGAACGUGGUCCGCGACGACGGGCGUCACAUCGCCGUGUUCAAACAGCCCAACAUCAAAACCGAGAUUGUGGGCGUGUGGAAGGUCAUGUCAGACCCCAAGAUCAUCAUUCUCCUGCCGGCCAUGUUUGCCGGUGAGAUGAUUCUCGCUCCGGCGAGUAGUAUCAAUGGCUACUUCUUCAACCUCCGAACACGAUCCCUGGCCAACUUGCUGUUCAACUUCAUCAUGAUUCCGGCACCCCUGUUGCUCGCCUGGGUCAUGGACAGCCCGAAAAUCAAGUCGCGGAAGAUGCGCGGCGUGGUCGGGGUGACGGCGAUCGGGACCAUCACCAUGGCGUCGCUGGCGGGCGUGCUGGGCUGGAUCUGCGUGCACGACAUCGACCGACACAAGACGCCGCCAGGGGCGGACUGGACCGACGGCAGCGCGGCGGUCGGCUACAUCUUCCUGUACCUGUUCUUCGGCAUCGUCGACGCGUGCUUCCAGAUCGUGGUGCAGUGGACGCUGUCGGCGCUGACCAACGACCCCGUGCUGUGCGCUCGCUACGCCGGCGCCUUCCGCGGCACCGUCAGCCUGGGCAUGUGCAUCGCCUUCACCCUCGACGCCCGCACCGUCAGCUACAAGAACCAGAUCAUCAUCCAGCUGUGCGUCUACGCCCUGGCCCUGGCCUCGCUGUACUACGUCAUCUUGACCUACGUCAAGGAGACAAACUACUUUGCCGAGGAGAACGUCAUCGUCCCCGUCGCGUUCGAGGAAAAGGCCAUCGUCGAGGGCCUCGUCGCCGACGAUGUCAUCCGCCGCGAACGCGAGCUCGAAAAGAUCGCCCGUGGCCUCGCGCUUGACGAGGAGUCCAACGAGUCCAACGAGGCCGUGGCCGAGGCGGAGACCGUCCACGUCAAGGGGUAA